AUGGCUGAGGAACAAAAUGAAUCCGCCGCUUGGCCCGUGGCCGACGCCGCUCUCUCCCAAGAGAUCCUCGACCUCGUUCAACAAGCUCAACAUUACCGUCAAUUGAAGAAGGGAGCCAACGAGACCACCAAGACUCUUAACCGUGGAAUCAGCGAGAUUGUUAUCCUUGCCGCCGAUACCGCCCCAUUGGCCAUUCUCCUCCAUCUUCCUCUUCUCUGCGAAGACAAGAACACCCCUUACGUUUACGUACCAUCCAAGACUGCUUUGGGACGCGCCUGCGGUGUUAGCAGAGCUGUUAUCGCUGCCAGUAUUACUACCAACGAGGCAUCCGACUUGAUGAGCCAAAUCAGAAGCUUGAAGGAUAAGGUCGAGAGACUCCAGAUCUAA